UACUUGUCCAGUGUAAGGGAUAGGUCGGCUGCGUCGCACCGAAUGUUUACUUUUUAAUGACUGUUACAAUAUAUUAUAAUACUAAUAAUAAUGAAUAGACUGUGGUGUAUCGGGAUUACUUUUUGCUAUUUGGCAUCAUAUCAAGUGCUGUCUGAAAUAGUUCAAUGUACGCCUGGAAUCAAUUGUGUUACCGUGUGGAAAUGUCCUGGAAUAUUUAAUCAACUUAAGAAUAAUUCCAAAGUAAUGAAACUCCUCUAUGGAGCCUUACAAUGCGGCUGGGACGAAGGUGGACCUAAGGUCUGCUGUCCCGGCGAAUUUAAAUAUGAUCAGACAAAAAUUUUCUUAUUACCAAAUAACACAAUUUGUGGUAUAGGAAACAACAACAGAAUUUCUGGAGGAGAAGAGACGGCAAUUGAUGAGUUCCCGUGGAUGGCACUUCUGAAAUACCGAACAAGAUCUCCGGAUAAUCCUGGGAUUGGAUUUUUCUGUGGAGGUGUACUUAUAUCUUCCCGAUACGUAUUGACAGCUGCCCAUUGCGUCUAUAUGAAAGUUGCAAAAAGGAUUAUUGUUCGUUUAGGAGAAUGGGACCUCUCAAGUUAUAUAGACUGUAAUAAUAACGAUUGUGCUGAUAAAGCUCUAGAUGUAAAUAUUGAAGGAAUCAUAGUCCACAAUGACUACGGUCCAAAAACUCAAGCAAACGAUAUAGCAUUGUUAAGACUUAAGGACGAGGUUAAAUUAACUGCGUUCGUGCAACCAAUAUGCUUACCUAUAACACCAGAUGAAGACUUAGACCAAACACUAGUUGGACGGUUCCUGACUUCUGCAGGAUGGGGGAAAACUGAACAUACGCAGUACUCUGACGUCUUAUUGAAGGUAGCACUGCCCGUUGAGAACAAUGCGAAGUGUGAAAAAUAUUUACCAAGUUUCGACAAGCACAUUACUGAAAAGCAAUUGUGUGCAGGAGGAUCAGGAAACCAAGACACCUGCAGGGGCGACUCUGGCGGCCCACUGAUGGCUCGAGGAUUGGCUUCGAAUACCAACUGGAUUGUUUAUGGUUUGGUGUCCUACGGGCCGUCACCUUGUGGAAAACAGGGCCUUCCCAGUGUUUAUACCAGAGUGAGCGCCUAUAUACCCUGGAUUCUAACUAAUCUUUACCCAUAGAAUAUGAUAAUAAACAAUAAAUAAUGUAAAUAA